AACCAAGCAGCAGUUGCUGCCUCACGGUGGUAAGGGAUGACAGAGAACAAGGCAGCUCACGUUUAAUUUGUAUGCUUUUUCCCCCCUUUUUUUGUCAGUAUCUAUCAGGUGGAUAUAACCAGUGUCAUUAUUGUGUUGUUUGUUUUUAGUUUUUCCUUUUCUUAUUUAGUUUCUUAUUCAAGCGCAACGGGGUUUUAGAAUGGAGAAACAUCACUUUGCGGGGAAGGAUCCAGCUGGAGAGCUUUUACGCGGCGCAGAUGUCGGAUCGUCUCCUCAGACGCAGAAAGAUAUUUAAGCGGUCUCUGCUCUGAGGACUGAACAAUGAAGUACGGACUGGUGGUGCUCUCGGCGGGGCUUACUGGUUUACUCAGCUUCACCUUCCUUGCUCUAGCCAUCGGGACUGAUUACUGGUACAUAAUCGAUGUAAAUAAACCCAACCACACGGGUCCAAAUGACCUGAGUUCACACUCUGGAUUGUGGAGAAUCAUUGAAGGUGCAAAUAGGAGUUCAGUCAUCCCCUCUUUUACAGCAAACAUGUCCAGCCUGUCAGAGACAGAAAGGGAUCUUCUUGGUCUGCACAAAGUGGUGGUCAUCUUGCUGCCUCUCAGCCUGGUCCUGCUGGUGUUAGGCUGGAUCUUCGGACUUGUCAGCUCGUUGGCCUGCAGUCCCAAGCUGCUCGCAGCAUCGGCUUCCUACAUUCUCCUCUGCGGUCUUUUCACCCUGUCAGGGGUGAGCGUCUACAUCAAAUACUCCAAUCAGGCCAUGGAGGAGUUCCAGCGGAUUGUUUCCCCUGAAAACCUCGUCUUUGUGCACGUCUCCUUUGGCUGGUCGUUAGCCUUGGCCUGGCUCUCCUACAGCCUGGAGGUGGCAGCGGGUCUGCUGCUGUUGCUGGCUGCCAGAAUAACUCAGAUAAAGGGACAUUAUGAUUCUGGCGUCGCCAUUGCCAUGUUGUAGUGAAACUAUUUACCGAUGUUCUUUGGGGGAGUUUUCUUUAGUAGUUGUAUUAUUUCUUAAUAGCUGGCAAGCUUGCAAGAGGUCAAGAAGAUCAAGAGCCAAACAACAAAAUGUACUGAAGCUACCUUUCGCAGACACACACAAAAGCUGACUUUAAAUUACAAUUGCUGCUUUGAUCUUUUCAAAAGUAUUUUCUGGCCACUGUUUCUGUCUAAUAUUGUGGAUGUGUUAACAAAAACAAGAAGAAAGAAGCUAACUGGUCGAAUCAAUGGAUAUUUCUUCCUGAAUGCAUUUGUGCUGUAUAUUUCAGCCUGGAUGCCACUUAAAUUAGUUUUUUUUUUUUUGUAAGAAUUAACUAGCUUACAGAAGACCAAGCAGCUCAAGAGCAACAAGCACAAAAUGUAGUGCAAGCUAGCUUUAGUAAACACACAAAGAAGCUGACAUGGAAUUGUAUUUCUGAGCUGCUUUCAUUUUCUUUCUGUCGACUUGACUUUCCCUGAACUACUUUUCUGAAUGGCUUUGCAGAACAAGAAAAAAACACAAGCUAGUGGGGCUAAUUAAUGUAGAGUAGCCUUAUUUUUGUUUCCCUUGAAUGUAUUUGUUGCGCCUUGUUCUCAGAUGCAGUGGUAUGAAAAAGGAUGGGUCCAUUUACAGAUUUCUUCUGUUAUUGUUUUUUGACACCUUUACAGGUUGUUGAUUGUAGGACACAUUGUAAAAUUAGAUAAAGAUAAUGACUAAACAAACAAAUCAACAACUAAAAGAAGCAGGCAGGAGAAAUUGAGAGGCCAAAAAAACCUUCAGCUAAUACAAAAUGUUGUUUUUUGAGCAAUGAUUUCAUUUGUUAAGGGAAAACAAGCUACUGAGACUGUCCUCACCCUACGUGAAAAAGUAGUUGACUCCUAAACCUAAUAACUCUGGACUCCUUUGUGUACUUUAGAACAUUGUCCUUAGUCCUAAGUGAUGGUCAGAUGUUGUACUUCAGGAUUUUCUGGUGCCGAGCAGAAUUCAAGGUUCUCUUAGUUACCCCAUGGUCCUGAAGUUGUAAAGCAGCCCUGCAUCAUCACACUGCCGCCAUGUUUGAGCGUGCAAUGUUCUUUUUCUGAAAUGCUGGGUUUGUUUAGUGCCUGAUGCAACGGGAUGCAUAGUUUAUGCAACAUAACAUCUCUACAAAAGGCUAGGGGAUCAUCAAGAUUUUUAUGGGGCAAAUGUAAAACAGUCCUUUGUGUCCUUUUUGGCCAGCAGUGGUUUUGACCGUGGAACUCUUCCAUGGAUACCAUUUUUGCCCAGCCUCUUUCUUAUUGUUGAAUCAUGGACACCGGCCUUAACUGAGGUGAGGUGAGGCCUGCAGGGCUUCAAAUAAUGAUCUUGGUUCUUUUGUGAUUUUCAGGAAGAGUCGUUAAUGCCCCCAUUGGAGUAAUUUUGGUAGGUUUUCCGCUCCUAGGAACAUGUUGACCCGUAUGUUCUGCUAUUGUGGUAAAUCAGUCUAAUUGUGGCUCACUGGAGUCCCACAGCCUUAAGGCCAAAACAUACCACACCAUGAAAAAAAUUGCAUCACAGCAUUUAGAUCUGGUCGACGUGAAUGGGGUCAGGCAGACCGGCUUGUGGUUUUGUGCAGCUGUACUGCGUAGCUCCGAACAAGGUAGACCUCUGCUCUAUCUUGGUCAGAGCUACACGGUAAUUUGACGGGACAUCCAUGAGUCAGACAGGAAGAGAGACACUUUGGCAAAGUACAACACAUCAGCUUUGGAGAAAACACAAGAUAAAAUCUCUGAACACAGCUCAAUAGAUAAUAAAUAAAAUAUUUCAAUAAACAGUGUAUUUAUCCAUGGUAAUAGCUCGGUAGUACAGCAAACACAUAGGAAAGGGAAAUAUCUUCUUUGAGCUUGGUCACGCAGCAACUGCAGCGUCACGUUUAAUUUCCGGCGGUACUCACUCUCACAUGAAUACUUGAUCUUGCGAUUCCAGUGAUCCAUGAGGGAGCUUCUACGCAGCCAGUUGGUUAGGAAAAAAAAAUCUGUAUGGAUCUGUAUUGGAUCAGAUGUGUGUUUUAGCCUUUAGAACGUUUUGUAACACCUUAAAGAUUAAGAGAUGUCAACGACUUUGUUUCCCAUCUAUCUUUAAAGUUCUUCACGACCUUUUUGAUGACUUCAUGUUGUCAGAGAGGUGAUUGCAUGAUUAUUUAGGUGUGGCAGUAAUUCGACCUGGUGGCUGCUGCUGAAAUUUAACACAGUUUUCCAAAUAAACUUGGCUAACAAAAAUUCAUGGUUUGACAAGGGUGACAACUACUUUUUUCACAUCAGGAAAGGAUUGUAUGGGUAGCUUUGCUAAAAGACAUUAUUUAAAGACAGCCUUUUGUAUUUACUCAGGUCCUCUUUGUCUGCUAUUAAACUUUAAUGAUCGAAAACAUUUGAGUGUUAAGAUGAAAAACAGAAGAAAACUAUUAGAAGGUAACAUUGGUUUACUGCAUUGUAAAUAUAUUCUAUUUUUAUGAAUGACUGCUGUCUUUUAGUCUGAGCCCUGCGACAUGAAGGCAGGCCGAGCAGUUUGGCUGAAUGGCUUUAUUUCCAUUUUGAUGUAUGCUUGCUCUCAGCGCAAAGAGGUGCUGGCGUUUUCCUCCACCGUGCUUUCCUGCUUAUAUAUAUGGACUGCAAUGGUGCUGUAGUAUAUUUUAUUGGAGGGAAAACGUUGCUGACUCUGCUGGAGUGAGCCAGUGCCUAGGAUAUUAGACCCCAGCUGGGUGAGAAGUGAUAUACUCUCCGAUAUUUGCUAACGGACCAACUGUUAUAUUGCUGUUACAUGUACCACUGGAAACAUGGACUUCAUCUCUUUGGCAUGUCUUCUGCAACCCCGAAAGCAUUCACAGUUGAAGCUGAUGAGCAUUCCUAUGCCUUUCUCUUAUACAGCUCUAGCUAGUAGACAAACUAAUUAUGAAAUAAAAGUGGAGGAUACAAGUCCUCUCAUGAAGAUUCCUUUUGUUUGCAGAACAAAACAUAUGCAUGUGUCACCGCCUCCUAUAUGCUUGUCAGGUAUUCAGUAGGCUAAUAGUCUUUCUUCCGGCAAUGAAGAAUCUGCAAGUGAAAAAAAAGAGUGCUGCUGCUGCUGACUUUAUAACAUUCAGCUCUGACCGUAUAAUAUAUCUGUGGUGUUCUUGUAAAGAUCCUAAUCAAGGCGUAUGUUUUAGUUAAUGAACAAUUCAAAGCAUCCUUCCAUCAGCUGAGUGAUUACAAAUGAGUGCCAUGAUCUGUUACUCUUUAAGAUGUUCUGAAGCAACAAUUUAUAGUCUGAUCAAUGGACUUUAUACUUGUUCUGCAUUCUGUUUACAAUGUGCUGUUCUUAGGCAACAAUGAUUACAGUAACGUGUAGAUCUUCUUUUGUUUUUGUUAGAUUGAAAGCCUGAAUGUGAGCCUGUGAAUGUAAAUGAAGCACACUGGGAGUCUGGCAGAAAAGAAAUUGCUGUAUGUGAAGAAUUGCUGCUACCAGGCUAUGACCACUUUGGGUGAUGUCUCAUCCGUAUCUUUCAACACUGUUGUCUGUAAAAUCCUUGAAUUAAAUCCAUUGGCCUUGGAUAUUAAAAGAAAGUUGGAUAUUUUCUGAAUCAUAGUAGCAAUUAUGUUGGUAACUUGCUAUAAAAGUUAAAAAUGUACUGAAGCUCUGAAUU